UUUGAUAAUUCUCUGUAUUAUUCUUAAAAUAUUGUAUUCUUUGACCAAUAAUACAAUUAAAAUAAAUAAGUAUUGUUUAUACUAAAUUUAUUUAUAAUUGGCUUAUACAUUUUUUUAAUGAAUUUUUACAAUUAAGUUUCCUUGACAAUUAGAUGUAAAUGUUGAUUUUAUCGACAUUUCAGUUCACUUCGUUUUUUCCCGUGAAAAAUAAACUAUCGUCUUGUGUAAUUAUUAAGAUUUAUUUAAUUAGUUAUUGAUAUGGCAAGUGAAAAAAAUAUUUUUGGUCAAACAAAUGAAUCAAACUUACAUAAGGUCAUACGCAGAGUUGAAGAAAUAUGGAAUCGUCGUUUCAUGCAUUCCAAUUGUGUUUUAAAUAAUACAAAUAAAGGACAAAUAUCAAAAAAGUCAACUAAAGAUGGAAGAAUUAUCUAAUAUGAUGCAGCAAAGAGAAUUCGGAACACUUUUUCAGAAUGAAAAAUCUGAAAAAUAUAAAAAUGAAAUUUUAAAUUCAACAGAAAAAAAAAAUAUAGCAAUUUCAAAAGACAAUCCGCUAUUAAUAUCAGCUGAUUUGUUAGAAAAGAGUUUUCAUAAGAAAAAUUUGGAACGCAAAAAAUCCGAAAUAAAAAAACAACUUUUUGAGAUAUCUUCUAAUACUACUGCUCGACCAAAUUUAAAAAGAAAUUCAUCCGAAGAAGAUGAAAAAGUUAUAAAAAAGCCAAAAGUUAGUUCUAAUCCUUUGACCUUAAAUACGCCGAAUGACGUAAAUUUACUUGCUCUGUCCACUAUUGAAGUAAUAAAAGUACCAGAGAAAGAAAAAGAAGUAAUGCAAGAUCAGAACACAAAAUCUCUUGAUCAGUAUAAUGCACCUUCAUUUAAAUCGCCCACAUCAUGGUAUACUUCAGACACAAUUAAUGAGUACAUUAAAAUGAUAGUAAAACGGUCAGAAGGUAAAGUUUAUGCAGUUGUCACUGAUUUUAUUGUAGCGUAUCUUCGAGAAGGUUAUCAAGCUGUAAAAAGAUAG